AUUGAAAGAUUUUAAGGAUGAGCACAGGAGUGGCACAGCUGCUAUGAAGAAAACCAAAUCCAACAAUUGGCCAUACAUGGAAAUGCUGAGGAGCCACAGCGAUGUUUCACCUAAGCAACACGAUUAUCCAAAGAAGAGUGCCGCCGCUUGUGAAACACCGAAUGUGAAACAGAGGAGAUCUUCAAGGAAAUGUUUGCAUCGCCUGGUCGCUCCCUGGAAACAAACUCAUCCACAAGCAAGGAGUCAUCCGUGACCUUGCCUGAGUCGACAGAGCGACGGGCACGGAAGAGGCAGAAAAUUAUGAAGGAAACCGAGGCAGUCGAUUUGAGAAUUGAAGCAAUAAGGGGCACCUUCGCAGAAAGUCAGUCAAUGGACGAUGUUACCCAUUUCGUGCUGCCUCUUGUGCCAGCAAUCAAGGAAGCACCUAAGCACAUGCAGCAGAAUCUGUGGUUAGAGCUGCAAAAUAUUGUCACAUCCUACGGCACCGGAAAGCAUCCCGAUCCGCUUAUUACAAAUUGCAAUUAACCCUUUCACUGCCGCUCCCGAGAUAACUCGGGCAACCACACCUGCGCACCCCCUGCCUCUCCCGAGUAUGCUCGUUUUGGCUUUUUAACUCACUCCCUGCCGCUCCCGAUAAUACUCGUGUAAAACAAAAUGAUGCAAGCAUGUCGCACCAUCUAUGGAGAUGCCACAUAAAUAACAUAAAACUUGUAGGAUGAUUUUUCAACAGGUGGACCGCAUGCUUCUACGUCCGCGCUGCUUCGUCUUCGUCUCAGCAGAGCAGCCAUGGCGAGGCAGCGUUCCUCGCGUGUCUGCGCUUUGACGGGUGAAGAAAUUCAAGAACUGCUUAUGAAUUUGGACUUCAAUGACAGUGACAGCGAGGAAGCAGCCCAUCUAAGUGCCUUGUCGAGUGAUGACAGUGAUGAAGAGCCCCUACCACCGAGAAAUCAGCGUAAGAAGGGGAAACCUGGCGAGUGGGAUUUCUGCUGGAAGAAGAAAGAGUUCAAGCCCCAGGAGCAUGCUUUCGAUCCAUCUCACUCGGGAAUCUGCGAUGACAUCACAGCGGCUUCCAGUGAGCUCGGGAUUUUUUAAAGUUUGUUUACGCCGGACAUUGUGGAAGCAAUUGUGGAUCAAACGAACAUUUUCCAGUGCCAAGUACAUACUGUCUCCAUACCACUGUACUGUACAUGCUGUACUAUACAUGCUGUCUCCAUACCAGGAUGUUUGUAUUGACGAAAGCCUGCUUCUUUUCAAAGGGCAAUUGGCAUUCAAGCAAUAUAUCCCAUCCAAACGAAGCAGAUUCGGCCUGAAAUCAUUCAUACUCUGUGAUGUGAAGACAGGCGUAGUGCUGGACAUGGUGUUGUACACCAGAUCUUCAACUGAGAUCAACAACUCUGAGAUGGGAUAUGGAGCCUCAGUUGUUAUCACUUUACUGGACAAGUACUUGGGCAAAGGGCACGUCCUCUGGGUUGACAAUUGGUACACCAGUCCCGCCCUAUUCACCUACCUUUUCAAAAAGAAGACCAAUGCUUGCGGUACAGUCCGGAAGAACAGGAAGGGUAUCCCACGCGACGAGAAAAGACUGGAAGAAGGGGAAACCAGCGAGAUGUGCAAUGAUCAGCUUCUCUUCGUCCACUGGAAAGACAAACGUGAAGUGCUCAUGCUCACAACGAAGCAUAAGAGUGGCAUGGUAGAGUCUGGGAAGGUGGACAGGAAGACGGGCGAGAGCAGAAAGAUUCUCCUGUGCGUCUCCAAGUACAACUUAUGCAUGGGCGCUGUAGAUAAGGUAGACAUGGUUGUGACCGUGACUGGCACAGUCACAAGGAAGUGCAUGAAGUGGUACAAGAAGUACUUCUUUCACCUCUUGGACAUCACCAUCCUCAACAGCAAUUUACUGCAAAUCACAGCCUCUGGUAAAAAAAGAAGCAUGGCAGACUUUCGACUCGAGCUUGUCCGCCAGCUAAUCGUGAAGUACCACGAAGGAAACUCAAAGCCAAAGGGAGGACGCCCGUCGAAGGGUGAAGAUCCAGCAUGGCUGACAGCGCGCCACUUCCUGUCCCUAAUACCACCGACUACCGCGAAGCAGAACCCAACACGAGUCUGCCGCGUCUGUGCUAACACACAGCAUCGACCUAAGCAACGAAAAGAGUCUCGCUAUCUGUGUUCUAGCUGCCGGGUGCUGCUUUGUGUGGUGCCUUGUUUUGAAGAAUACCACACCAAAAAAGUUUUCUAAACACCUGGACAUCCUAAUUAGCAGAUAAUUAUUGCUAAUUAGUUAAGUGUCAAUUUCUUGUAUUCAGUAAGACUAAUAUCUGUAAGAUAAUACUGAAUAAAAAUGUUUACAUGACCUUCA